GAAGGAUGUUGGUUCUGGGUUACGUAACCACUCUCUGAAAGCGGGUUUCCAGUUCCAGCUUGAGGGAGCCGCUCCGGAACACUCGAUCCGAAUCGCUCGCCGCCGGUAAUGUCGAUUCCCCGCCGCCUAUCCCGCCUUCCCGCCGCCGGAACCACCAGUCCCUCCACCGCGAACCUCUCCAUCUCCCACGGCGGAACCGGCGGGAGGCCCUCGACCGCCGUGCUGGCAGCCGCCGCGACGGCGGCGGCGGCAUCGGGCCGCGCCUCGGAGUGCCAGUCCCUGCUCCUCCGCAUGACCCGCCGCCGCGGCGCGUCCCGGCUCGACAUCGUCACCUCCCUCCUGGCCGCCGCCUCCCCAACCCCGACCCCGCAGCCGCAGGUGUUCGACCUGCUCAUCCGCACCUACACGCAGUCCCGCAAGCCGCGGGAGGCCUUCGAGGCCUUCCGCCUCCUGCUCGACCGCCGCGUGCCCGUCCCGGCCGCCGCCUCCAACGCGCUCCUCGCCGCCCUCUCGCGCGCGGGCUGGCCCCACCUCGCCGCCGACGCCUACCGCCUCGUCCUCUCCUCUAACUCCGAGGUAAACGCCUACACGCUCAACAUCAUGGUCCACAGCCACUGCAAGGCCCUGCAGUUCGACAAGGUCGACGCCGUCGUCGCCGAGAUGGGGAAGCGGUGCGUGUUCCCGGACGUGGUCACGCACAAUGUCAUGGUUGAUGCCAGGUUCCGCGCCGGGGAUGUCGAGGCGGCGAUGGCGGUCGUCGAUUCGAUGGUCGGUAAGGGGAUAAAGCCGGGGAUCCUGACGUAUAACGCGGUGUUGAAGGGGCUGUGUAGGAAUGGGAGGUGGGAUAAGGCGAGGGAGGUGUUCGGCGCGAUGGACGAGUGCGGGGUGGCGCCGGAUGUUCGCAGCUUCAACAUGCUGAUUGGGGGGUUUUGUAGAGUUGGGCAGGUUGACGAGGCGAUGAAGUUUUACAAGGAGAUGCGGCGGCGUGGAGUUACGCCGGAUGUGGUGAGCUUUAGUUCCCUCAUCGGGUUGUUUGCAAGGAGGGGGGAGAUGGAGCAUGCUGUGAUGUACUUGAGGGAGAUGAGAGAGUUCGGAUUGAUGCCUGACGGUGUCAUUUACACAAUGGUCAUUGGCGGGUUCUGUAGGUCUGGGUCAAUGUUGGAGGCACUGAGAGUUAGGGAUGAGAUGGUUGCCUGCGGAUGUUUGCCGGAUGUGGUAACUUACAAUACCUUGCUGAAUGGGCUUUGCAAAGAGCGUAGGUUGUCUGAUGCAGAGGAGCUUUUGACUGAGAUGGGGGAGAGGGGGGUUCCGCCCGAUUUAUGCACCUUCACAACUUUAAUCCAUGGGUAUUGUAGGGAGGGUAACACAGAGAAAGCAUUGCAGCUGUUUGACACGAUGCUGCAGCAGCGUUUGACACCAGACAUCGUGACGUACAACACUUUGAUUGAUGGAAUGUGCAGGCAAGGUGAUCUGGGCAAAGCUAAUGAGCUGUGGGAUGACAUGCAUUCUCGAGAAAUCUUCCCCAACCACAUUACCUACAGCAUCCUGAUAGACAGCCACUGUGAGAAGGGACAGGUGGAUGAUGCAUUCGGUUUUCUGGAUGAAAUGGUAAAGAAGGGAAUUGUGCCAAACAUCAUGACCUAUAAUUCCAUCAUUAAAGGUUACUGCCGGUCUGGAAAUGUAUCCAAGGGACAGCAGUUUUUCCAGACGAUGAGGCAUGCCAAGGUGUUGCCUGAUUUGAUUACGUACAACACACUAAUCCAUGGUUAUGUUAAAGAAGAAAAAAUGCAUGAAGCUUUUAAUUUGCUCAACAUAAUGGAGAGUGAAAAAGUUCAACCAGACAACGUCACGUAUAAUAUGAUCAUAAAUGGGUAUUGCGUACACGGUAAUAUGCAGGAAGCUGAGUGGGUUUACAAGAAAAUGGGUGCUAAAGGGAUUGAACCGGAUAGAUAUACAUACAUGUCCAUGAUAAAUGGUCAUGUUGUAGCUGGCAACUCGAAGGAGUCAUUUCAGCUUCAUGAUGAGAUGCUUCAAAAAGGGUUUGCUCCAGAUGAUAAAUUUUGAGGGUAUUACAUUCUGCCGUAUCGGAUUCUAAUUUUGAUGCCAUGGAUAAUUCAAGAAUGAGAAAUGAAGGCAUUGUGCAGUUUGACCUGUCACAAUUUUCGCUCCAACAAGUAUUGUGGACUUGAAGGCAUCUGGUUAAAUUCUGGAGUAAUUUUUCUGGAAGUUUUCAUUGUGGGGUGGUCCAAGGGUUGCAAAGAUUUCCAGUCAAGUAACAAUUCUGGGUGUACUUUCUUCACCAAUGUCCCAAAUAUUCUGUUAGAACUCAGGAGGUGUGCUUUUGUUUUCUGGGCAUCAGAGGAAUCUUGCAUUCUUUAAAUUUACCAGUGACUGCAAAUCACUUUAAACAUGAACUAUUAACAUCACACGUAAUUGAUCAGAAGGGAAGAACCGGGUGCACAUAAAAAGCAACAGGUUCUCUGAGAAUAGAUAGAGUUGAGGAUAAGAUGAAAUAAUUGGCAUGGAGGAUGUGUGCUACCCAAAUGAAGAUCAGCUGCUUCUCCUCCGUGUUAAUAUGUUGGUUUAUGGCUUGCAUACGAGGUUAAUUUGAUGGCUCGUUCCAUCAACGGUGUAAAGUAGCAGAGGGCAGCAUUCUGCGAUAAUCGAGGAAACAACACUUUAGGCAAAACAAUGACAAUAUAUGAUGCAGCGCAGUAGUAUUGGCCUGGGUACUUGUCGAGAAUGAUUUUUAUUUUCGGAGAAUGGGCCUGGAUACUUUUGAGUAGAUGUGUCCAUAAUAUGUACUUGUAGUUUUGUUUUUGCUACUUACAGUGUUGUUUUAGUCUGGGAUAAUAUAAUAUGUUACUAUUAUCGUGCAGGGUAUACCACUUCAAGAUUUUGUUAAGUGACUUCCCAUUUAGUGAUCUUCUCAUGUAAUAUAACCUUAAUUGAUUAUAUUGUAAACUCAUAAGUUUCUGAGAAA